CUAGGUGCCCCUAGUUCUCAUUUUUUAAAAAAACUCAUUUAACACUGGAAUACUUCUAUAAAGAUAGAAGAACUUUCUUACCAUCUAUAUGUUGGUUACCUCGAGGUACAUCUAUUCUAGAAAGAUCUCUGCUGGGACAGUAUUUGAUGUUUGGUCACAUAUGCCUACCAUUUGUGUGGGAAUCAUUUUCUGAUGCCCUCAAUGGGCUAACCAUAAGAAAUGAAUUUUAAUGUCUGGAAUAUCAAAGAGAUGCUCAGUAUUCCCUCAGGCUCUGGGACCACUAAGUCAUCUAGCUGGAAUAAUAAUCAGACUGAUUACUCCAGUCUCAGUGAUUCCCAGUUCCUCUUUGGAUCCCAGUUCUGUCCAGAAAGUUCAGAGACUCUGUCAGCACCCUUGGACAGUGUCCACUUGAGACAACCAAAACAGUCACAACAGAAUUCUCUGGACAGUGAACCUAGUAUUUUCACAAAGUACCAGACAAAACCCCAGCUGUUUGGAGGAGAUACAAACGACAGAGGCUUAUUUCCUCUUCCUUUGUCAGUUGGAAAAUCAAAGGGCCUCUUGGAACAGUUUGAAGAGAAAAAGAAAAGGGCAAAAGACAAAUGUGACAGUGAGACUCUAUACGACUUCAUUUCCCAUAUCAGAGAAAGCAUUCACAGGUUGCAGACAACAGUGGAAAAGUCUGAGGAACAUCUCAGCUCAAGAAGCCAAUCUAUCUUGGAUUGUUUGGAGACUGUGGCCAAGACAUUACAAGAGACUGUGCGGGCCCAGAGUGAUCUGGUGUUGGAAACAGUGCAUGACAAAGGCAACAUGGAGCAGGUCAUCUUUGAGAUACAAAAGAGAUUUGAAGCUAGGCAAGCAGAAUUUAUAGAAAUGAAAUCCGAACUGAAGCAACUUGAAGUUUUAGUUGCCCAGCAGAGUAAGGACUUCCAGCAGCUGUGUGAGCAGCUAGGCCAGCUGAAUGUGACCAGUGUCCUGGCAGAGCUGAAGAGAUUGAUUUCAGGCCCUUGGGGCCCAGGGCACGUGAAAGACAGCACUUCCCAGACCUCACCACCUCUGGUCCAGAGCCUCCAUUUCACCAGGCAGGACAGAUAUGCUUCUGAGGAACCAGUUCUCUGGCAGGCUCAGGCACCCCCUGCUGUAUGGAAUCCGAGUAUGGGUUCCCUGCAGCCUGGAGAGUUUGGUGUCUGUGGUGAGGGAGCAAAAAGUAAUGCUCUCCAAGAAGAGGCUGCGCUGAUGGCAGCUGGAACCAGCAAAAGAAACAGGCGAGUCAAGGACAGGGCAGUGCAGACCAACUGCAAGAACUGGACCCUUCCUAAAACCUGCUCAGAGAACCAUGGCUCCGGCUUCCCAGGCCCCGAAGUUCCUGGUGGUAGGGACUGGGUUUCCCAAGGAGCCUCAAGUCUUCUACCCCUGGACUUAAACAACUUUGCAACCAGCAUUAAGAACACCUGCCAAAAAUGUCAAACCGAAGGUGUGUCUCCGUGUGACCCUUGUGAACAAAGGUGGGUGGCUGCACAGAAAGGCAGAACCAUGGAAAGGCGGGGGACAGGCAAGAAGCAGCAGCCCAGGAAGUCCCACAGAGGCAGGCUCCUAGCCAGGAAGCAAGAACACGUCCCUAGCAAAGCCUGUGCUUUCAUCUCUAAAUAUCCUCAGCCUCCAGUUUCUGGCCCACAAAGGCCCCCCCUGGAGCAGCAGAAGCCCCUUGCUCAGCCCCUGCAUCUGAGGGGCCCCAGCAGCCCCACAAAGCCAGUCAGCCCUGUUCUGGGAGGAAUAGUCAGGCGCAGUAAAGUGAUGAGGGCAGCACAAGGGAACACCUUACAACUCGGCGGGCAUUCUUCCCAAGACGACAGCCUGCUUUCCACCAGUUCCCAGGGGGACCACCAGAUGAGCUGGUUCAGCGACCUCAGCCUGGGAAGUUCAGAAGCCCCUCUGUGCAGGGAGCCAGGGAAGAAUGUGCUCUAUGACCUGGGUUUUGAUAGCAGUGAUGAUGGCUUCUGACCAGCCCAGGAGAUGUCUGCAGCUGAUAGUUUAUUGGUCUCAGCUGGAAAGACAAAUGAUAGCACCCUGGGGCUGGCUAACAGCAGAAAGCCCCCGAAGCCCAGGGGAGCACUUGGGCUCAGAGUCCCGCUGGGGGUCAGGGCGGGAUGGGUCUGGCAUUCUGGGUACCAGGUGCCACCCAUGACAGGCCUCAGAGCUACAUGCAUCCUUAUUUAUUGGAGCGAAGCGUGUGAAGACCGUGGUGAGAAGCUGGGGCAGCAGCCUGGGUGUAGGGCAUCAGGGGAGGGUGCUGUUUCUGGUGAAAGGAGGGAUAUUGCGUGACGGAAGGGCUCGCACAGAACCGUUGCUUCAGCACCAUGACUCCCCAACACCACAUUUUUGGUCUUCACAAUAUUUCCUACACAUAACCAAUACCUUUCCAGGCCUCAGUAGUAUUUUAUUAUUAUUUUUAUCCAGUUUUACUGUCAGAGCACUUGCAUUUUUUGAUCAGUGGAUGUAUUAUUACAGAACACACUAAGUCAAGUCUUCUUGUGUGAGAAACCGAGAAUGUUAAGCUGCCAGUGAAAGAGAGGUGACAUGCACCCAAUGAAUGCCCAGAGUGCCGCUGUACACGAGCCACACAGUCCCAAUUUUCUUCCUGGCUCUUUGUCCCCAUCCUGUUUUCAACCACUCUUCAAGCUGAUGAGAGCAUCUAAGGGUCCAGUAAUAUUUCUGGAGGGUAUGGGGCUUAUAUGAAACUUUGGCUUUCUAUUUAUAUCUUGCAGAAGUUUUGAAUUUUUGUUAUACAUAUAUAUUUAUUUUGUAACAAAAAAAUA